AUGUCAUCCCCAACCCCUCAGAUCCUAAAAACAACAUCCAAAAGACCCCGUCCAAACCCCGCCCGAUCCAGACCACACAGCAACCUGUUUACAAUCGACACCAUAAGCACCGUCCUCUCCAAAUCCCUCUUGAACCCAUUCAUAGCCUGGAUCCUCGUCCUCUGCCUACGCGCACAGGUAACUCCGGUAACAGACCUAGCCUGGAUUUUGACUGUGGGCUAUGCAAUUGUAUUGACGGUGUUCUUCAUCGGGAGGACGGUCAAUCUGCGCGUCGCGGACGGUGUCCCGCGCACAGUGGAUUUCGAUAAUGAGGUUGUGGUUAUUACGGGCGGGGCGAGUGGGCUGGGUUUGUUGAUUGCGCAGAUGUACGGUAUGCGGGGGGCGAGUGUUGCUGUGUUGGAUAUCAAGGAUGUUCCGGAGGAUACUCGGGAUGAGGUGUUUGGGGAGGGGGUCUUGUAUAUCUCGUGUGAUGUUGGGGAUAGGGGGGCAUUAGAAUCUGCGAGGGAGUUGAUUUUACAGAAGCUGGGAACACCGACCAUCAUUAUCAAUUGUGCCGCUGCCAGUAUCCACGGCCUCUCGCUGCUUGAUUUGCCGGCGGAUGCAUUCGAGAAAACCAUCCGCACGAACCUCAUGGCAGCGUUCCAUCUGUAUCAAGUCUUUCUGCCUGGAAUCAUCGCGACAGAGACUGGAGGAACGCUUGUCACGGUCAGCUCGGUGCUGGGUCAACUGGCUGCUGCAGGCCUAUCAGACUACGCAGCAAGCAAAGCUGGACUGAGCGCGCUGCACCGGACGAUAGAAGCCGAGACCCGGGUUUACCCGUCGAUCAAGACAUUAUUGGUGGAAGUAGGGCAGAUGUCAACGCCGCUGUUCGACUGGGUACGCGCGCCAAAUCAGUUCUUUGCGCCGGUUUUGGAACCUGUGGAUGUUGCCCGUGGGAUGGUGGCAGCGAUUGAUAACGGUCGAGGUGGCGUAAUUCGAUUACCACUCUAUGCAACGUUCGUGAAUUGGUACGCCGUGCUACCCGCUGCAGUGCAGCGGAUUGCGAGGUAUCUGAGUGGAAUAGAUGGCGCUGUGACUCAAAGUCAACAGGCAUCUCGGAAGGCAGAUUGA